AUGUCGCCCGGCGCCGUUGGCAAGCAACCACAGGGCACAGACGUUGUCGUCACCUUUAAAAAGGACGACCGCCGAAAAGCCAGCCUCGUCUUGAAUCAGUUCAGGUGCUUGAUUGCAGACCUCUGCCAGCAGUUCAAUGGCGGACAUCCAGGAAGCGCCAUGGGCAUGGCCGCGAUUGGCAUCGCUCUGUGGAAAUAUGUCAUGAAAUACUCGCCGAAUAACCCGAACUAUUUUAACCGCGAUCGAUUUGUGCUCUCAAACGGACACACCUGCCUGUUUCAGUACACGUUUCUGCAUCUGGCUGGCUACAAGGACAUGACCUUUGAACAACUCAAGUCGUAUCACUCGGCGCGCUCCGACUCCCUUUGUCCUGGCCAUCCGGAGAUUGAAAUCGAGGGCAUCGAAGUCACGACUGGUCCUCUUGGUCAAGGUGUUGCCAACGCCGUCGGUCUGGCCAUGGCCACCAAGAACCUCGCAGCUACGUAUAACCGCCCCGGCUACGAGCUCGUCAACAACACCACGUGGUGCAUGAUUGGUGAUGCCUGUCUGCAGGAGGGUGUCGCUCUCGAGGCGUUCCAGGCAGCUGGACACUGGAAACUCAAUAAUCUUAUCGUCAUCUAUGACAAUAACCAAAUCACAUGCGAUGGCAGCGUCGAUCUGUGCAACACCGAAGACGUCAAUGCCAAAAUGCGCGCCUGCGGCUGGGAUGUCCUGGAGGUUGCAGACGGCUGCUACGAUGUCGAGGGUAUCGUGGAAGCGCUGCUCAAAGCCAAAGAGUCACCUGAUAGGCCGACUUUCAUCAACAUUCGUACCGUCAUUGGUCUUGGCAGCAAGGUUGCGGGCGACGCCAAAGCACACGGUGCUGCUUACGGCAGCGACGAUGUGCGCAGCAUCAAGCAGGCCUUUGGCAUGAGUCCAGAUGAGCACUUUGUCGUCCAUGACGAGGUCUAUUCCUAUUUUACGGAUAUAAGAUUUCGUGGCGACGCUUUGGUGGAGGCUUGGAGUUCUCUUCUCGAAACCUACCGCAACCAGCACCCACAACUGUACACCGAGCUGAAGCUGCGCAUGGACGGAACAUUCCCAAACGACUGGAAAAGAAUGAUUCCCGGCAGAGAAGUUUUUUCUUCAGACCCGGCUGCCUCCCGGCAGUCGGCUGGCUUGAUCUGCAAUCCACUCGCAGCGAACCUAAACAAUUUCAUGGUGGGCACUGCCGACUUGUCGCCGUCUGUGGCCAUGAUUUGGAAAGACAAGGUUGAUUUUCAGCAUCCUGAAUUGAAGACCGAGUGCGGUAUAAAUGGCAAUUACUCGGGUCGCUACAUCCAUUACGGUGUCCGCGAGCAUGCCAUGGCCGCGAUCGCGAAUGGUAUCGCCGCCUUUAACAAAGGCACAUUUCUCCCUGUGACAUCUAGCUUCUUCAUGUUUUACAUCUAUGCCGCCCCCGCCGUGCGCAUGGGAGCCCUCCAAGGCUUGCAGGCCAUCCACAUUGCAACGCACGACUCCAUCGGCACUGGCGAAGAUGGCCCAACGCACCAGCCUAUUGAGCUGGCCCAGCUGUACCGCGCCAUGCCCAACAUCCUCUACAUCCGCCCCUGCGAUACCGAAGAGACGGCCGGUGCCUUUACUGCGGCACUCGCGGCCACAAACACACCCACUCUCCUCUCGCUCUCCCGCCAGAAACUGCCCCAGUAUCCGGAGCACUCUGACCGGGAGGGCGUGCAAAAGGGUGCCUACGUGUUCAUCGAGGAGCCCGGCGCCGACGUGACGCUUCUCGGCGUGGGGGCAGAAAUGUGCUUUGCCGUCCGAACUCGCACAGUGCUGCGAGAAAAAUUCGGUAUCCGCGCCCGCGUGGUGUCGUUUCCCUGCCAACGCCUCUUUGAUGCCCAGCCACUCGAGUAUAAACGCCAGGUGCUAAAGUAUCGUGGCCACGCCCCUCGUGUGAUUAUCGAAGCCUACGCCGUGAACGGGUGGGAGCGAUAUGCGGAUGCAGGGUUUUCCAUGGCGUCGUUUGGCAAGAGUCUGCCGGGGGAAGAUGCGUACAAGUAUUUUGGAUUCGACGAGAAUAUCAUUGCGCCAGAGGUGGUCAAGCUAGUGGAGGAUGUAAGGAGGGAUGGCAUCGAGUCGCUGCGCGGUGAAUUUAGGGAUCUAAAUCCAAUCAAGGGGCACUAUUGA